AUGGUGGUCAAGGUGGCGGACGGGUCGAGUCGCACGAGCCCGACUGCGUCGUUGGACCCAGUCUUGAGUGUGUUGCGACAAUCGUCGCUGGAGCUGAUGAACGAGCGACGGGAGGGAGCAGAAAGGCUGUCGAUGAAGUCGUACAGAGAGGAGUCAACCCGACUUGAACAAGAUCUAAGGGAGCUGGUUGAUAUCGGUGUGUUGUCGGAAUCAGAGUUCGGCAUGAUCAAAUCUGAAGCCUUCAUGGCCGAGGGAACAGCAGUAGAGGAGAAGCCCGGCGAUCAAAAUCACGAGGACGAGGACGAGGAGUCUAGCAGAUGGGAGGAGGAAGGAGGAGAGGGCGAGGAAGAGUCCCCUGGCGGGGAAGCCCCAGGAGGAGGUGCGCGUGAGAUCUCGAUCAGCAGGGAGGGAGGAGGGUUCAUCGACCUCGAGACUCUGACGGCCUCCUUCUCCUCUCCUGUGCACUUUUCCUCUCCUGCUCUUGACUUGCGCUCCCGCCUGAGCUUCGAGAAGUCAGCAGAGCUUUCGAGGGACAGCAAGUUCCUAUCAGAUACUCCUCCUGCUCCUCCUCCUGCUCCUCCUCCUGCUUCUCCUCUUGCUCGUCCUCCUGCUCCUGCUCCUUUCUUUGCUCUUCCAGCAUCCUCAUCCCCUCCUCCAUCACCAACUGCGACUUCCCUCCCGCCAGCUCAGCACUCGUGGAAUCCGUUCGACGUCACGACGCCCGGGAAAGAUCAGAUGGCAACAGCAGAAGCCGAUCGAGAGGCUCGAAGAGGAGGAGGAGAGGAGCCAGGGGUUCUCCUCGAGACUAUCAGCUCCUCACUGUGCCAUCGCGACCAUGGUGAAGAUAUUGUUGACAUCAGUGAGCAGCCAGGAGGAGGAAGAUUAUCAGCCCCAGCCCCAGCAGGAAUCAGAGGAACGGACGGGGCUGCUGAAGGAGAUGCAGCAAGAGGAGGGGAUUGGGUUUCAUUUCUUGAGCCAGCAACCAUCGAUGUCCGGGUCGAGCCGGAGAGCAGCACAAGAAGCGCAACCUGGCCGUUGAGGUUGUCAGCACAGGCGCCAUUGAUGGAGGUGAUUCCAGAAGCACUAGAAGAGAGACAAGAGGAGAACUCCUCUGAUGACGAGCAGACAUUAGGAGAGGGAGCAGGAGCAGGAGCAGGAGCAGGAGGAGCAGGAGCAGGAGCAGGAGGAGCCUCUGAAGGAACAGGAGUCGAUGUGAGAACGAGAGUGAGAGAGUUGAAGCGAUCAAUGUUGAGGUUCUCAAAGGAAAUUCGCGAGGUUCAGCACUUGAAUGUCACAUCGAUGUCGCAAGAGAACUCAACAACAUGGAAGGGCAGAACGGGCCGAAGCAAACACAACAGAUGCUGCGAGUUGAAGAUGAGAGUAGCAAAAUACGAAGUCAUGACCUCAGCUCAACAAGCUCUCCAGAAGCAUAAAAAAGCUGUUUCGCCUCAUCGCAGUGCUGAUUUUCACUUCGAUGAUGUCGUCACCACGAUCAUGAACAUCACCAUCACCACCACCACCACCACCACCACCACCACCACCACCAUCAUCAUCAUCAACAACAACAACAACAACAACAACAACAACAACAACAACAACAACAACAACAUGGCAACAGCAGCAGCAGAAUCAACAACAACCAUCUUUGAGUCUCUCACUGUUCAUGAUUUGCUAUUUGCUCAACUGUAG